CCAGAGUUUCAGGCAGGAUGCUUUUUCUAACCAUACGUUAGAUGGAACCUGGGACCUUCUGCAUGCAAAGCAGAUGCUCUGCCCCUGAGCUACGGCCCUCCAGAUUUGAAUGACUUUGAAACUACUUGAUGCCUCAGAAUGAAUGUGUGGGAAAUAAAACGCAAAGGACAAAUCUGAGUUUCUACAAGAGAAAAUGCUAGAAGACUGAGGGAGAAAGCCUAAUGCUCUGCUGUUAAACCUCUGCUAUCCCAGAGGGCCUACGGCUGGGCUCCUGCAGGCCGGUAGAGGAACAAAGAGAGGAUAUGGAUGGAGAUCAGAGGAACCAACCAGACUUCCAGGGCCAGGCUGCACUUAAGCAGCGGGCAUCCUCAGGCAUGAAAACAGAGGCGCAAGACAAAGGCGGGCCUGUCCUGCGGAAGGAAUUAGUAGGAGAAGGGACAGCCCUGCCGGCCACCCAACUUGAGAGGAUUGGGGACUUCCUACCAAGCAAACCAGGAGAAAAAGUGAAACAGGAGCCAGAGGAGGGGCUGCUUCAGCACUGGGAGGCCCAGUGGCAAGAGUUCUUGAAGACAAUGGAGUCCCCCCACGCACACUGGGCGAUCCCACCUCUGACAGAAGAGCCCACCCCAUGGGAGGAUGCCAAGGGCUUCCUGGCCUCCUUUGAGCAAGUGGCCAAAGCCUGCCGGUGGCCCAAGGAAGAGUGGGCGGCCCGACUCCUGCCGGCCCUCUGUGGAGAAGCCGAGCUGGUCUUCAGCAGGCUGGAUGUCCAAGACAGACAGGAUUAUGGGAAAGUGAAAGCGGCCAUUUUGCGGCAGGAUGCCCUGGCCCAGGAGAGGUGGUGCCACCACUUCAGGCAUUUCUGCUAUCAGGAGGCCGAAGGGCCAAGAGGGGCUUACAGCCACCUCCGGGACGUUUGCCAUCGGUGGCUCAAAGUCACAAGGCACUCCAAGGAGCAGAUCUUGGAGCUGUUGAUCCUGGAGCAGUUCCUCACCAUCCUCCCGCCGGAGAUCCAGAGCUGGCUGAGGGAGGCCGGGCCUGAGACUUGCUCCCAGGCGGUGGCCCUGGCCGAGGAAUUCUUGCUGAGGCAGCAAGACGCCAAAAGGCAGGAAAAGCAGAUACCAGCAUCGUUUGAGGAGGCAGCCUCCAGGUUCUCUGAACCAGCACAGGUUCUGACUGACACGGGUCAGAGGCAGCAGUACAGGGAGACAAAGCAGGAGGGGGACUCUGGAGAGGUGAGCCUACAAGAUUACAUGCAAGUGGAGGUGUGCGACGGGCAGAGCUGCCCCCAGGAAAGCCAUGAGGAAGUAGAACUGUCCCAGAGAAGAGGAAUGGAAACCAUUGCCAGGACUUGCAAAGAGGGCGAAUCCUCUGAGGAUCAGAGCGAACCAAAGAGGCGACGAGAGAGCCACCCAAGGAAUAGGGUGGGGGAAUCUGUUUCCUGCGAGGCUAGCGAGAAGUCUCUUGAUGAAGGUCCGCUGCAGCAGCCCCAAGCAGCCAUGCAAAGCUUUGAACAGGACUUGGGGUUCAUAAAAUACGAACAAGUUAAAAUCCAGGAGCCAACCGAUCAUUGCGAGGACGGGGCAGGCCUUGGUUGCCCAGAGCACCUUCUGAGGCAUCAGCAGGUCCACACUGUGGGGAAACCCUACCAGUGCUCUUACUGUGGGAAGACCUUCAGCCGCAGGUCGCACCUGGUCACGCACGAGAGGACCCACACGGGGGAGAAGCCCUACGAAUGCUCCUACUGUGGGAAGAGCUUCAUCCAGAGCUCCCACCUGAUCCUCCACGAACGGACCCACACGGGGGAGAAGCCCUACAAGUGCUGCGCCUGCGGGAAGAGCUUCAGUAGCACGUCCAACCUCCUGGCGCACGGGAGGACCCACACGGGGGAGAAGCCGUACAAGUGCGCCGUGUGCGAGAAGGGUUUCAUUAGCAAGUCGCACUUGAUCAGGCACCGGAGGAAUCACGGCACUGAGAAGCCGCAGAUGGGACGCUCCGGGAAAACCUUUGUCUUGAGCUAGCUUUUUACGGGACCGUGAAGGAAAGACAAAGACCCACAUUGAAGUGAAGCCAUACCAGAGAAUCCACCUUAUCUCACAAGGGAAGGAAACAAAAGAAGAGAGUCAUCCCGUGACAUUUCUUUUGGUACAGUUCUAGUUUGGGUUUAGCUGCGACCGAAGCUAUUCCAGGCCCAGAAAAAUUUAGCACAGGGAUUUGGAACCAAUGGCCCUCCAGAUGUUAUUGGGACUCCCAACUUCCGUGACCACUGGCUCUGCAAGCUGCUGGGAGUUGUGGAGUAGUCUGACAACACCUUGAAGGCCACAGACAUUCCCCACUCUUGGCUUGGCAGCCACCCUUCACCAGCCAUUUCUGUUAAGGCAGCUUUCCCCAACCUCAUAUCUUCCAAGCGUUGUUGGACUCCCGACUCCCAUCCGCCCCAGCCAGCAGGACCAAUGGUCAGGGAAGAUAGGAAUUGUAGUCCAGCAACCUUUGGAGGGCUACAGCUUGGGGACUGCUGUGUUAAAUGUUCCAUUUGAGAACAUUUAAAAUGCUCACGUUAGGCUACCGCUUAGCAAGUGUGAUAAGCAGGGGUAUCGCUCAGUGGAAGAAGUCCAUAGUUCAUUCAUCAGAUCGGUUUUAAUUGUCAAGUCCUGUGUAUGUUUGCAUAAGAGGAAAAACAGUUCUAAGGACAGAGGGGUACGCUUUUUGUUUUUAUUGUGACACAAAUGUGUGUGAACGCCAGGCACCAUCAUAGAAAAGACUUUUGUGUGUAUGAGAAGGAGAAACACCCCCCUCUUGUAAGGUGGGGCAUUAAGUACUUUAAAAAUGAAAGGUAGUUACGAUGGGUUCAAUCUAGACCAGAGGUGGGGAAUGUGUGAGCCUCCAUUCUGCGUCUGUGUUGGAAUUACUUUUUGAGAUGUUUUUAAAGCUUUUUUAAAAAGUUUUUUUAAAAGAUACUUUGUUUUAAUAUGUUUUUAAAUGUGUUUUGUUUUGAUAUGUUUGAAAGUCUUUUGCUUUUUAAAUUUUUAUAAUGGUUUUUAGUGUUUUUGUUGGCCACCUUGGGCUCUUUCUGGGAGAAAGGUCAGGAUAUACAUUUAAUAAGUAAAUAAUAAACAAUAGGUGUUGCUGGACUACAGCUCCCAUUGCCAAUGCUGGCAGCUGAGGCUGAUGGGAGUUGAAGUCCGGCAAGAUCUAGAGAGCCACUCAUUCCCCAACCUUGAUCUAGGCUAAGAUUGCAGUCCUAUAGAUACUUACCCGGCAGUGAGCCCCACUAAAAUGAGAGGGACUUACUUCUGUGUAGGUAUGCAUAGGCUUGCACUGUAAAUUAUAUUAUUGCACUUAGUUCCCAUUUAUCUGGGAAAGUUUCUUCAUGAAGUUAAUACAUAACAUCUUAAUCUGGUUCAUCGUAUUCAUAUCCAGAGGGGUGGCUGCAUUAUGUGUGUUGUAUUGAAAUCAGCAAAGAGUCUUGUGGUGCCUUCCCAAGCCUAACACAUUUUUAUUAUGGUACAAGUUCCUAUAGACAAGAGGCUACUCCUCUAUGAAAGAUUAGUCUUCAAGGUGCCACAAGAUUUUUGUAACACAGCUACCCUCUGGGAAAACGUUCCCACUGAAAGCAGUAGGAUUUAAGUCAUGAUGAACUCCCAUUCACACUGAUUUCAACAGGACCUAAGUUCAGGUAAUUUAGUCUGGAUUCAGACUGGUGUCUCUCAACUUAUGAUGCCCUAUGUACCAGGAGCGCAUCUUAAUCUAACUGGUUAAUUGACCAAAUGCUGCUGCCCUGGUAAAACUUAGAAAGGAAUUGCAUACUGCGAUUGAUAUUGUUUGUGCUACUGUGUCCUGGCAUUAAUAUUUUUAUUGGUCAAGGUACUCGUCAGAAAUGCCUAAAAUGUGUUUUGGGAGCUGGAGAGGAGAGGAAUGGAGGAAAACAGAAAAUGCAUUGAUCCUGGAUUAUUACUUCAUGUUAAAAUGAUUGUUGAAACAAUCUGUUUAAAGAGUGUGUGUGUUUGUGUCUGUAGGGGUGAGGUGAUGAUCCCUCUGAUCAUUCAUUUUUUUAAAAAAAGUUUAAAAAUUAUUUUUCCUUUCUCAUGGAGCACCUACCUGUAUCCUGUUAGAUUUCUUGCCUUUCAGCUUGAUAUCUGUUGCACUCUGCACUCACUGGGAGUCUGUAGACCUAACUAUUGUAGCCGAAGUUUGUCCGUAAGGAAGUUCUGUUUAUUAAUA